AUGGCUCCAAGAAAUGCUGGGAAAGGGUACGUCGAGUUUGAAGAAAACGCAUUGAGACCUUGGGUUCCGGACAAUCCCCAUUUACCGCCCAUUCCCAUUAAGUCAUCGUUUGGCUAUGGCUCCCAAGUCCUGCCAGUUGCGCGUAGACCUACUCAAUUGCACGCACGGCCGGGGACCACCAAUCUUAAGGAAAUUGCCCGUUCAGUUAACGAGGCUGUUGAAAACAGUGAAUUGAAGGCCAUCUCCUCCAGAGAAGCCAGAGAGCAACGGUUGGCUUCAAGUAAGCGAGAGUCCGCUGUUCGUCGACGGACAAAACGAGAGCCGACUCCAGAUGAGACGCAAUUACAUCAGGGACUACGUGAGGCAACAGUAUCUCCGACAAAGGAAUCCUUCAGCCAGAGAUCAGAUCCAACACCCUCACCUCCAAUCCAAAGGGAUGUUUCUACCGACUCGAGUCCUGUUGCUGAGCCUCCUUCUCAACGUCGCCUUUCUGUCAUGUCGAAUAUGUCGAAUUCACCACUUUAUCCUUCGCCUCUUCAGCGAGGGGGCCAUGACACCUAUGGGCUCAACAGCCCAGAUAGCCGGAGCCGUCAAAGUUCAGUUGAUAAUGCGUCCGAAGUCUCUUGGAGUUUGGAACGUGAUAUUCACGAGGAUGAACUGCGAAGAACACGACCAAGCACUUAUGGACGUAACAUCACAGCACCUCCCCGACGCCCUUCUGGUCUGGGUAACAUAAUUCCUUCUGAUAUCCCCGAAGAGGACGAAGAGAAUGAUCAAGAUGAUGAGUCUGAAGAAAAUGAUGAAGAGGAUCUUGAGGAGACGAGCGACGAGGAUGAGGAAUCGUCACAGUCUGAAUAUUCCGACCAUUCCAAUUCUGAACUUAAGUCUCAGAUUGUGGAAAGCGUUUCAGGGGGUUGGACCGCCUCAGUGCGCACUAUCAUUCCAUCCUUGUUUCGUUCCGAACCUACCUUGGAGCCACUUCGGUCUUCAUCUCCGGAAGAAAGACGAGCCAGCAGACGGGCCUCAUCAAUACGGUCUGAAAUGUUCGAUCAAGUCGUGUCUCCCAAAAAGUCCAAUACCGGCAGCUGGAGACGACUGGUCUUCGUUAUUCUCCUUCCGUUAGCUCUUGCUUUGGUCUUCCGGUCCGGAUAUUUGAAUGACUUGCACCUCCCCGAUUUCCCUUCAUUCCCAUCCGCUCCUCAAUCCACCCCCAACGAAAAUGACUCCGCUACAGUCCAAAGACUCAAAAAACAGAUCUCCAAAGUGAACGAGCAGAUGUCUUCUAUGUCUCGCGAGUUGGUUGCCGUUCGAUCAGAAAAUUCUCGUCCCUCAAAUCCCACCUAUGUUAUGGGUCAACCUUAUGGCCAUCAAUCAGAAGUUCACAAGAUCAACUUCCUAGCCCCAGCAAUGGGCGUAUUGGUGGACCCAUAUCAAACGAGCCCGGGUUCUGUUAAACUUCCCUCCCUUUUUGAGCGUGUUGCACUCACAAUGCUUUGGCAACGUUCAAAACUCCGGGGUCCAUUACCCCCUUUGACUGCCCUAUCUCCCUGGCAAGAAGUGGGAGACUGCUGGUGCACUGCUCCACGAAAUGGAAUAUCUCAACUCUCACUUCACCUUGGUCGUGACAUUGUACCAGAGGAAGUUGUGGUUGAGCAUAUCCCAACCGGCGCUACGCUCGACCCGGGUGUCGCCCCAAAGGAGAUCGAACUGUGGGCCCAAUUCAAAAUAGUCCCUCUCCCGUCCGACUCAUUGGGCACCCGGAUUUCUCGCUGGAUGCCGUGGGGUUCUCCCAAGAUGUCUCAGCCGCUCGAGCCCGUCUCAUCGCGACUAAAGGGACUUGGAGGAUACAAAAUUCCCGGUGACAGCUCCCUACAUGAUGUUGUUAUGAACACCUUACGCGCUACGAACCGCUAUGACCCGGAUAGCGCCUUCUCAGACGACCCGCUUCUUGGCUCGAAUUUCUAUCGGAUCGGGAAAAUGAGAUAUGACAUCUUCAGUGAAUAUUAUAUCCAACGAUUCAGUCUCAACACCAUUAUCGACAUUCCAACAAUUCGAGUGGACAGGGUGGUAUUCCGAGUGAAAUCCAACUGGGGCUCAAACAAUACUUGCAUCUAUCGACUCAAGCUACAUGGCCAUAUUUGA